CCAUCUCAAAGAGGAAGCUGUUGAGUCAUAUUGCUCCUGUUCCUCUUGAGCACAUGACAAACAGACACUGGUUUAAAAGAUCCCUGCCACCGCUUGCUCCAUCAGUGAUGUUGUCAGUCAUGUUUGUGAAACUCAGUCUGUUGGCUCUCAUAUUCUUUGUGACAAAGGAUGUUCACCCCACCUCUGCUGAAGCAAAAGUGGCUGCACCCCAGAAUGUGAAGGUGACCUCCGUCAAUAUGGCUGCAGUUGUUGAAUGGACAUCUCCACACAAUCCCAUGAGUAACGUGACAUACACGGCAAGAUAUAUCCUGAGAAAAAACGACUUGUCCCUCUGUGUGAACACCAAAGAGCUGAAAUGUGAUGUAGGAAUACUGCCAUCUGUAUUUGGGAGCUACAUUUUUCAAGUGCGGUCAGAGGAUCAGGGGCUGUUCUCUGAGUGGGUUAAUACAGCCGAAUUUUCACCAUAUAAGCACUGUAAGUGA